AGGGGACACAGACAUGGACACACACUCACACUCUGUCUCUGUCCUGCUCCAUUCCAGCAAUGCCAGCCCAAAGGUCACCCAGGGGCUAGUGGGCUAUGUAUGGGGUGGGUGCCCCUAAGUGUUCCCCCCCGAUGCCCCUCCACGGCAUGUGCCAGGGCAGAUGUGGGGAAGAGGUGGGGGUGGAAGCCGCGGCUCACAGAUUCAGCCGGGCCCCAGGGCAACAGAGAAGCAAUUAUUUAUAGUUGGCCGGAGCGCAGAGCGGACGGAGAGAAAACGAGGGCAAGAGGAAGACAGCGAGAGCCAGGCUUGGGCCAGCUCCAGGGGCGCUGGGAUCCGGCUGGACGCCGUCCCUGCCUGCCCCAGAUUUCACAACUGACCUCGCAUUGCGGAGCAGAGAGCGGGAGGGGACGGACAAUUGGGGUCCAAAUUGAAUCCCCCCGACAUGGCUGGAUCCCCCCAGGCCUGUCAUGCUGUGAGCCUCACGAGGCAGCGCCUCCUGCUGGCCCUACUGGAAGCUUUGUAUUACAGCCAUGUCUCUGGCUCUUGGAGAUCCUCGCUCCCUGGGACCAUCCGGGCUCUGAAGGGUUCCUGCGUGGUCAUCCCCUGCUCGUUCACCUACCCCGGCUCCCGUGAGUCCCUGGGCAGUCCAUUCAGCGUGGUCUGGUACCAGUACCGAAGCCGGGGCUACCCUGAGAUCUAUAACAGCCAGGACACGGCCAGCGUGCUGGCCGAGUACCAGGCCCGGACACAGCUGCUGGGGGAUCCGGAGAUGGGGAACUGCACCCUGAGCAUAAGUCCCGUGCAGAGUGAGGACGCCAUGAGCUACUAUGUCUGGAUCAACCCCGACUCCGUUAGGCAUCGCUUCUAUGACGUCACAGUCCGGGUGGAGGUGGCAGACACUCCAGACCCGCUGAUGCUGAGCGACCCUGGGGUGCUGAUCGAGGGCGACCAAACCACCAUCACCUGCUCCGUCCGCCACACCUGCCCCUCGGCCCCUCCCAGCCUGGGCUGGAGCCCCGGGGGGGGCAAAGCCACGACCAGGCACGAGCAGCUGGCGGGGGGCGGUUGGCGGGCGGAGUCAGAGCUGAGCUACACCCCCUCAUACAAGGACCACGGGCAGUACCUGCAGUGCACGGCCACCUUCCCCAACCAGCAGCAGGCCCGCAACGGGCUGUACCUACAGGUCAAGUAUCGCCCGCGGGGCGCGGCCGUGGCUGUGGUGGGGCCGGCCCGGCUGAAGGAAGGUGACAGCGUCACCCUGCGAUGCACCAGCCAGAGCCACCCACCGGCCACCAAGUACCGCUGGUUCCAGGGGCCACGCCGGGCUCUGCUGCGCGGGCUGGGCCGGGGCCCCGAGGUGACAGUGCCGGCCGUGGGGCGCCACUCGGGGCCCUACCGCUGCGCCGCCGAGAACGAGAUCGGCCUGGGGGAGGACUCGCCCGCCACGCACCUCGACGUGGAGUACCCGCCGGAGUUGCUGCCAUGGGGGAACUGCACGGUUCGGGGCAGCGGGCCUGGGGAGGAGGCCACAUGUCACUGCGCAGCUGAGGGGAACCCCCCGCCCCGCCUAGAGUGGCGCCUGCCCAACCGCACCCUCCCCGGGGACUUCGAGGGCCCAGAGCUGCGGGCGACUUCGUGGGUGCGGGCCCCGUCGUGAGCGGGGAGCUGCGGGGCCCUGCCGGGGCCCUGGCCAACGUGUCCUGCGCUGUCACCAACGCCCAUGGGCAGAGCCAGGCUGCGCUGCCGGCUGUGCC